AUGGAAUGCACUGACUUAGCAUCACCUGGUAUAGAGAGAAGUGAUGAAUACGAGAAGAUUCUCAAAGAAUUGUAUUCAAACUCCACACAACGCACAUACCUUGAAUCUGAUGCUGACAAAAGUAAAGAUCCAUAUAUGGAGAUGCCAGAAUCCAGUCCUGAAGAUGAACAAACCAUAACAACAUUUACAACAGACUCCAGCUACAUUGUCACCUGUAGAGUCAGCAUUGCAUUAGCUAUCUUGAAAGCAGAGCAUGAGGAGCAUCUCACUAAUUCUGAGAAAAGAAGAAAAGAGACAAAGAAAGAUGCAUCCAGUGAGGUAGUGGAGGCCCCCAGAGCCCAGGGCUAUUAUUGCAUUGAGUACAACAUGCUGCCUGAUGACCCUGCACCAACCAGAGUGGAUCUUGUGAUGUUCGGCUUGGCAGCUAAACUUUACAUGGCGAAUGAAACUAAGGUGCUGAAGCCUUGGCGAGAAGGAAACCAGUUGUGGGUGAGUUGGUCUCAGACUUUAAAACUCAACGUCACCAAAGAGCUCCUGAUUAAAUUGGCCUCCCAUAAGAUCACUGUGAGAGUAUGGGACAGCAAAGACAAGGUGUCUUUCAAAGCCAGGAAUGACAGACCCAAAGCCUUCAGACUGCCACAGGAGAGGACCGGAGAGGAUCCAGAACAAAUGGGUGGCAUCAGGAAGAUGGUUUGUGAGAUGAGAGCUGUCUAUGAGAAGGAGAACAUAAAAAUAAGAACAUCUAUGAAAAACCACAAAGAUCUAGUAUCAUCAGACUAUAGGAAGCAUUUGGAGCUUCGCUGUGCCACAGCUCCUAGUAAGAGUGGUUUAACAAUAGAAAAGAGCCAAACAUCACCCACUAAGAAGACACUGUUCCAGAAACCCACCCAGGAUACUGCAGAACACACGGAGGUCAAACAGGAAAAGGAGGUCGCCUCACUGGAACUCAGUUUCACUCCUCUCUUUGCAGGUAAUUUUUUGCUAGCAGCCUUAUGGCAGCGUAUGAUAUAUAUUUUUCAAACAUCAGCUACCUGGCUGGCAUGUACUGUCUUUAUGUUAGGGAGUAUGAUGCUCUCUGACUGCCUGGGAUGCUGUUCCGGAGGAGUACAAGAGGGAUUGUGGAAUAUCACUCUUGAUAAGCCACUUAUAUCCGAGCAGCUAAAAGCUGAACUCAAUCCACUAGUCAUCACAGUUUUAUCGGCUUCCUCUCUGCCAUCAUCUCCCAUUCCUUUCCAUGUACUUAAGGCAAAAUGUCAUCCUGUCUACUGUCAGUACAAGUUCUGCAACAUGCCUGUUUACAGAACCAAAGGCCAUGUUCACAACGCUAACAUCUACUUCAAGGAUGUGAAUGUGAUUUUUACUGGUCUGCUGAGCCCUGGAAAGCUGUUUGAGUUUCUUAACGGUCCACCCAUGAAGAUCGAAGUCCAUGAUCGGGAUAGAAAAAAGGAAAAACCCUCCGGUACACCAGCUAUAUUUGGGACUGACCCCAGUGAUGCCAAAGAAGAUUUAUGGGUUGCGCGUAAUGCAUUAAAAGCAGGUACUGAACUUCAUGAUCCAUAUGGCAUAGCAAAACUAGAUCUCUCAGAUCUUCUUCGAGGACGCAGAUAUUUGAAGCUGAAAUUGCCCAUAAGGAGUUCUUCUGAGGUUUCCUCAGAUAUUGCAAUGCCAGUGGGUCAUUAUCUUGAAGCUGACGCCCAACUGAAAGUCCAGGUGGAGAUAGCACAUACCCUUCAAUGUGAAGAUCGCAACAGUGAUAGAGAUUGCCCCUUUGGUCGCGUCAUUUAUGUCUUCAAGUAUAACAAUACACAUGUCUUAGCCAAACUGACAUCAGAAAUUCUACAAAUCAAUGCAGAUGCCUUCCAACUACAGCAUUAUCCAGAGGAAACAAUUCAAAGGCUCCUGUCUGGUCAUAAAAUAAGCAAAGACAGAGAGAACAAAAGGCUGAAUGUUCUCACUGGAUUUCAUAUGAUGGAUAAGGCUCUACACCUUUUUGUUCUGGAAGGAUUGAAGGAUCAAGCAGUCAAAAGACUGUGGACUGCAGUGCCUAUAAAGUUGAAUGGUGAUGAGGAGGAACAGGUGACUGCGCUGUAUAACUCAGACUUGAGUUUCUCAGAGCGACUGUAUGACAUACUUGACAUGGAUCUGAGUCCCGUUUGCCUUGUAAAGCCACUUGAGACCAUUUUGAUGGAGCCUCUGGUGUUUCUCAGAAAUACAGUUCCUCAUGCCUGUCUUGAGGCCUUGAAAUGUAUAAGCCACAUCUGCAAAGCAAAGAAGCUUCAAGAAGUAGUGCACCACGACCUGUUCCCAUCAGCCGGCAUGAUUCUAAGCUUAAGCAAGGAGUUUGGAUCAGAUCUCAGCAGAGGAGAGCUAUGGUUGGCAACAGAGACACAGCAAUCUCAGGAUAUACCUGAUCAUCAUAACAUCAGAAAGAGAACUCGCACACCUCUAGACAACUUCAACAGAGAAUACUUCCAAUGGAAAUGGAAUGAGGAUAAUAAUGUGAAGGACUUUAUCCAGGCAAAUAUUGAAGACAUCCACAGGGCGAGCGAUUUACAAAAGUCAAAGCCUAAUGCGUUUUCGGAUAAUAUUACUAAUGGUCAGACCAUCAAUUACCACAAUGUUCAAACAAUGAAUUCCCCUACUCUACUCUACAGAGAAUUUUUGAAGGACUCCACUUGCAUUCGCUUCUCUUAUCCAGGUUUUAAGAGCAGUAUUGAAUCUAACCAGCACCCGAAGCGGCCAGACGAUGCUCGGACAGAGGAGCUGAGAAAGGUGCUGUUGAGGUUAUGCCAUACCGCUGUUACCCCCAUCUGUGUCAUGUUUCUCUCUCAGUGUAAUGUCAACUUUAUGGACAUUCCUAAGAGCUUAAGCAAGAAGAUAGAGUUUUACCGAUGUUUACCUACCUUGCCCACUUCUUUACAGAUCCCCAGAGCUUAAGACUGUAUUUAGUUGCAAGUACGGUGACAGGGCUAAUGCUGAUUGACUCAUGGGACACAAAACGUUAUCUAGAAGCAUGUGCUUGCCUGAAAUUGAUUUAUCAGCCUUUCAGACUCUCUAACUUAUUGUUCCCUACUGAAAAUGAGCAUAGCACACAAAAAUGUGAACCUUACAGAUGACAGAUUGAUGUUAUCAUUAGCAGUUUGUCCUAUUUGAGCAACUGAACAUGUAUAUUUAUGUUUUUCCAAAAGCAUUAAUUUGUUGUAACCAUCUCUUUUAAACAUGGGUUUAAUGUUUUUUUUCUUUCUUUUUUUUUCACAGCCUUGGAGAGAAAACAUUCUACACGGGAACAAAUUGAAGCCAACACUUUCCAGAUUCAGGCUGCCAUGGAUCCACAGACAGGAUUUUGAACUUUACUCCAAGCCCCAUUAGAGUUUGGACCAGAACUCCCGCUGAGCAUCCAUUUGGCUGGUAACAUUUUCUUAAAGGGGUCAUGAACUGCCUUUGUUUUUUAUUUUGUACUGUUCUCUGAGGUCCACUUAUAAUGCUAUUUUUACAUCAAAAAACAUCAUAAUUUAGAAAUAAUAGGCUAUUUUCUGUGCUGUUUUGACCCCCUCAUCGAAACACUGUUUGAAUAGGCGUGGCGUAUUGUAGACUCAGAAGUGGUCUUCUGCGGAGGCGGGGUUUAGCCACACUAUUAUAUCAAAGUGGCACAUUCCACAAGCUGUCAUUUUGGCAGAUUGGCUUCAAUAUAUAUACUUGUAAGUUUUUAGACUAUCGAGAACGUUUUGAGUUCUGAAACUUACAGAAUGUUUUUAUAGCACAACAACCUUUUGUAUAUCAAAAGAUCAAGGGAAUUUUGAUUUCUCAGUUCAUGACCCCUUUAAGAUGAACAAAUCAUACAUUAUUAUUAUUAUUAUUAUAUAGUUACAUAUAUACACAAAAUGGUGAUUUAAUUUGUAAUAUUCGUAUAAUUUUACCUGUAUAUUACCUUAAAUCUUCCACUAAGGGAAAAGUCAGUUAGGGGUGUUUUUGCAUUUCACUGCUGCUUUUCUAUUGUUUUCCUGUGUAACUGUACGGUAGGCAGAUAUUAUGUACCUGCACAUGAGAAUGCUUUCAAAUAAAAAAAAUCAAUUUAGCAAAAUAAAGAACCCUUCAACAGUAAUACGGUCUAUUAUAAUAUCAAUUUUGAAGUCCUCUAAUGUCAUUUUCAGUACAGUCGAUUCAGUGCCAGAUUUGUUUGUACGAAACUGGACUCAAUUUACCUUGUAUUUUGUUUAGGAGAGGCUCUCCAUGAGGAGCAGCUUCAGGCUUCACAUGCUCAGUACAACAGGUCGAAGAGGAAGAUGUUGCUCGAUGAGACCUCUAUAGGAAGUGGAAGAGUUCCCGAAUUCAAAUGUCACAUGAGGAGAGCUGGUCUGGAUAAACUACAAGACAUACUGAAGGACAAGCCCAUGAAAUAUUCUCUGAAGAGGCCAGGAAUGGCUUUAAAACCCAUUCCCAUUAUUUCUGUGGUCCAGCCUUCUGAAAAGACCGGCUCAGCAGAGAGGGAGGCCAAUAUUCCAUUUGCUCCUGGACCUUUUCAGAACCACAGCCUGAGCUGGGACAAAAACACAAUUCCAAGAUACUCG